ACCACUGGAUACAGCAAUUGUGCAGACAGUUUUUUAAACGAAAUUAUUAGAGUAUUCCGAUCUAAUGAUAAAUACUUUUGAAAACACCUUUAUCCGGGGACCAUCGCCGUCGUAUUCCGACGAUGAUAACUCAGAGAACGCGUUGUCCGUGACUCUACCCAUCGGAUCAAUGAUUCCGGAAUUGGAUUUCUGUCGCGACGACUCCAAAACUGAUACGGUGGACUACUUUGACGAGAAGUACAACAGCGACAGCUGCUCCCGCCUGCAUCCUGGCCACCAAGGACGCAACACCUUUGCCUUCUGGACUAUUGUAAUUCUCCUUUUGGUCCUGACCGUGGGCAAUCUCAUCCUGACCCUUACAAUUGUGGGCGUGUUACGCCUAGGAAAGGGCGUUCAGGGCAUGGAGGUGAUUCCCGAAGUGGAUGUGGUCAAGUUCUACGGUUCCACUGACUUGGAGCGGGUGCAGACGAACUCGAUUGGCCAGAUUCACGGCUUCUCUGACGUUCCGGUGACCAUCAGCAGUGAUGCUGGCGAAGGUGACGGAGAGGCUGGUGUCCAUGUGCGGGUGUUCCGCAAUAAUAAUGGCGCCACCAACGAACGCGAUAGGAUCGUCCUCAACAAGGAGGGCAUCCUCAUCCAGGCCACGAAUCUGUUUGAGGUCAAGGACCCCGUCGAUAAGCAACCCCUUUUCACCACCCACCGUCCGCAGUACAACAUUCCGGAUGGAGUGGAGGCCUUGCAGGCCAAAGUGGUGAGUGCCAGUGGAAUCGCCAGUCCCAUCGAUGAACCUCUAGUGAUGUAUAGCGAUGGUCGCGUUGCCAUCAAAGGCUCCGAAGGCGUGUACUUCGACGGAGCUAGUGUGGAGAUGCAAGCCGAGCAUCACGUCUCCAUCAAUUCCACGCAGGGCGCUACCAUCCUGGAGGCCGGAACAGGAAUCUUCCUGGACAUGGACCGCAUCCCCAUCGUCAGCUCCGAAAUGGGGCUUCGGACGGGCAGUGUUCAGUACAAGAUCUGUGUGUGCAUGCCGCACGGAACUCUCUUUCGGAUCGCCAUCCCAAGAGUGCACAACGGACCGAAGAUCACGUGCGCUCACUUCAGCGGCAAGGACGAUCCCUGCGAGAUCAACUAAGCCCUAGGUGCUAACGAAAAUAAAGAAAAUCACUGCGAUUAUCGUAUCUCUAAAACAAA